AUGGCUUCUUCCCAGUAUCCUUCAAAGGAUACAUACCAACACAAACGCGUCAAAUCGUCUGUGUUGACCAGCUUCCUCAGCAAAAGGACCCCAUCUGCUGGCGAAGUCUUGUCUCCGAUUUCUCCCACUAAUGUAUUCGUUGCCUCACCAUCAUAUGAUAAUACUCCAGAUAUGCCAUUCCCUCCACAAGAACAUCCUCAACACAGGGCUCUGGGGGAACUACAUCAUAAUCAACAAAACCAGCCGCCCACAUCACCAAGGAAGGAGGGGUGGCACCCAUAUACCAGUGAUGAUGGGUCGUCCAAGUCAUUGCACAAGAAGACAUUGAGCACCAUCUCAUUGAAAUCUUUAGCCGGCAGGGAUACAGAUAAACAAACCAAGGCGAAAGGGGCCAAGGACGAUAAGCCAAAAAAGACGAAAUCAUCAACGAAUCUCGCCAACCUGCUCUCGCGCCCGAAAUCCUCGAAGAAUCUACGAAAGCAAGCAGAAGAGGAAGAGGCUCGGAAAGCCAAGGACAAGGAAAAUCGAAGCCCAAUACUGCCCUCCGAGACAUCGAGGCCGCCUAUUUAUGCACAAUUCUCGAGCGACUGUUUUGCGAAACAACCAUUAGGAGGAAAGUUCUUAGAGGAUGAGAUAGAUCUUUAUACACCACAACAAUACUAUCCGGGGAAGCAACGGGAUUUUUACAAUGGUCCAGAUUCUCAACCAUCCCUCACCAAGCGUGACGACGGCCCUCAACGACCGAAAUCGACAUACCUCCCACACAGUUUCAGUAUUCAGGAUAUCACCAGGCGUGUUAGUGGAGGUAGCUCGAGACAUAGUGCUGAGAUACUACGAAAGGCUUCUGGGGAUAAACGACCAAGUUUCGAUCGGAAGACUACGGAUAAGGCUGCAACAUUGGAUAAAGCUCCCAACAGAGGCCAACGAGUACUAGCGGCGCUACCUGGAUUUGGAGAUGCCAAACAGAAACCGACAGCACGGGAGGGUGAGCAAAUCUUGGAUGACAGGGAUGUUGACCGCGAAUUUGAAGCCAUGUUGGAUAGACGAAACAUUCCAGAACACCAACGGGGCAAGAUGCGGAGUCUAGCAAUAUCGAUGAAGAAGGACUUUGUUAAGCAGGAUUGGGCAGAGAUUGCAACUUCUAAGAAUAGCAGGCCAGGGACGAACGGUAGUAACUCAAGUGCUGAUGUUACUACUGGUGACCAAGACAUUGUGCAAACUAAGUCCAAGAGACCUAGAAGUCGGACAUUUACGCUGUCAAGGAAGAGCAGCAAGGAAACCGUGUCGGUGAGCAAGAAGACGAAGCCAGAAGGUACAAUUGGAAAACACUCUCGAACCAAGUCUUCGGAGAGCAUGAGUGGUGGGAAAUCCUUGACUUCUUCUAGUGCAUCAGUUGCACAAACCCUAAUUGCAAAGGCAAAAGGCCAAUGUCCAGAUGACUUUGUAUCUUAUCUGAGGAAGGUUCAGAAACCGGAAUUGGUUGAGGUGGGCCGUCUACACAAAUUGAGACUGCUUCUUCGGAAUGAGACAGUUGCAUGGACAGAUGAAUUCAUUGGCCACGGCGGAAUGGAUGAAAUUGUCGGAUUGUUGAAUCGGACCAUGGAGGUCGAAUGGAGGGAGGAGCAUGAGGAUGCUUUACUUCAUGAAGUGCUUCUGUGCCUCAAGGCCUUAGCAACUACUGCACUCGCUCUUCAAAAUCUGAGUAAAAUCCAAGCAACCCUAUUUCCGGCCCUCCUUCACAUGCUCUUCGAUGAGGAGAAGAAGGGCCCUAGCGAGUUUACGACCAGAAACAUAAUCUCUUCCCUGCUAUUUACGUACCUCAAGUCUGCACCUCUCUCGGAACGAGCUCAGCGAGCUCAAACGCUCUUAUUUUACCUGCGAGAUCCGGAGCCUAGCGAGUCUCAGCGCCCAGUUGGAUUCGUUCUCGAUAUGCGACGCUCCCGCCCAUACCGUGUAUGGUGCAAGGAAGUCACCAACGUGACUAAGGAAGUCUUCUGGAUCUUCUUACACAAUCUCAAUGUUGUUCCCCUCCCCAAGGCCCGCGAUGUACCUUACGACACCAGCUAUUCUACCAUCUCCUCCUCUGGCUCUAAUGGAAGUUUUGAUUCGUCAAAUCCGUAUCACCUCUAUAUGUCCAGACACUUCCCACAAGAGCGUCCACCUGUCCCAGCAGCUCCCUACGUCGGCGGCGUCGAAUGGGACGCUACAAACUACCUCGCUUCCCACCUCGAUCUCAUCAACGGCGUAUUAGCCAGUAUCCCCACCCAAACCGAGCGCAACGAUCUCCGCGAACAAAUGCGCAUUUCCGGCUGGGAGAAAUGCAUGGGCUCUACCUUACGACUAUGUAAAGAGAAGUUUUACGGCGGUGUCCACGACGGUCUUCGCUGCUGGGUUGCGGCUGCCGCAGAAGAUGGGUGGGACACCAGAGAUGUUCGAUGUGGACCUAGCCAAGAGCAAAAAAGUCCCGUUCGCAAGAGUGUCGCGAGAAAGGCGGCGCCUGUUGAGGAUGCACCGAAGAUUGAGAUGAAGUUAAGCUUUGGACACAGUCAUGGCCAUCCUGGUCACAGUGGUAGCAGUGAUGAGUGGUUGUAA